AUGGAUAAUGACUUAAAUGACACCUACAUUACAUUGGAUGGAUAUGUGGACAUGAAGAAAUACAGUUAUCUGUAUUUUUCUAUAAUGUUUACUGUAUAUAUUUUAAUAAUCUGUAGUAAUUCUAUUAUUGUGUAUCUGAUCUGGUCCAACAAAAGCCUCCAUGAGCCCAUGUACAUCUUUAUAGCAGCUUUGUUGUUUAACUCUGUUCUUUACAGCACCAAUAUUUAUCCAAAGCUCCUGAUUGACUUUUUAUCUGAAAAACAGACUGUAUCAUAUUCAGCUUGUCUCUUCCAGUAUURUAUGUUUUAUUCUGUCGCUGGUACAGAGUUCUUAUUGUUAGCAGUUAUGGCUUUUGACAGAUAUGUGUCAAUAUGUAAACCUCUUAGAUAUCCAYCCAUUAUGACAAAAACCAYGGUAAACAUUUUUCUGGUUCUGGCCUGGCUUUUACCUGCUUUUCAUGMUUUAGUAUCAGCAAUCCUAACAGCUGAAAUAAAAAUAUGUAACUUAAGUUUAAAAGGKAUAUUUUGUAACAAUGCAGUUUUUUCACUUCAUUGUGUCAAAACAAAACCACUUACUAUAUUUGGAGUUAUCUGUUUAAUAAAUCUUGUAAUACUUCCAAUGCUUUUUACAGUUUUUACAUAUACAAAGAUAUUUGUAAUAUCUCAUCAAAAGUGUAUAACAUUCAGAAGAAAGGCUGCAGAGACCUGUCUACCUCAACUGUUYAUUUUAAUUAACUUCUCCUAUUUGGCUGCAUAUGAUAUAGUUAUAGCUCGAGUGGAARCUUAUUUUUCAAAAACCACUCGUUUUAUAAUGACAUUGCAAAUAUUUCUGUAUCAUCCUUUAUUAAAUCCAUUCAUAUAUGGCCUAAAGWUGAAGGCAAUUUCUAAAAAUGUAAAAAAGCUUCUGUUUAGGUAA